AUGACUUGCAAUCAAUCGCGCCGAAUCACGAAGAACGUGUAUAUUUUCCACGAUGUUGCGUACUGCAAUAAACCGAAGUGCCCGAAAUUUUGGUACUAAUGCAACUUCCUCGGUAAAAUGCAAUCGAUUGGAGGGAAAAGUCGCGAUCGUGACAGCAUCUACAGAGGGAAUAGGAUUUUCCAUAGCGAAACGUUUAGCACAAGAAGGUGCUAAAGUAAUGAUCAGCAGUCGUAAAGAAUCGAAUGUGAAAAAAGCUGUAGAAGAACUUCAAUCCGAGGGAUUACAAGUUGCAGGUACUGUCUGUCAUGUGGGAAAAACAGAAGAUAGAAAAAACUUGUUUGAGAAAACCAAAACAGAUUUCGGAGGUUUAGAUAUUCUGAUAUCUAAUGCAGCUGUUAACCCAGCAGUUGGCCCUGUAUUAGAUAGCCCUGAGGAAAUAUGGGAUAAAAUUUUUGAUGUCAAUGUUAAGUCUACAUUUCUGCUUAUGAAAGAAUCUUUGCCAUUUCUUAAAUGCAGUAAAUCACCUUCUAUUAUUAUCAUAUCUUCAAUUGCUGGAUAUGUCCCUUUUAAUUUACUAGGUAUAUAUUCAAUUAGCAAGACUGCUUUACUGGGUCUAACUAAAGCUACUGCAGAAGACCUUGCAUUUGUUGGGAUUCGUGUAAAUUGUAUUGCACCAGGAAUAAUAAAAACUAAGUUUUCAAAAUCGUUGUACGAAUCGAAGGAAAACUACGAUGCUACUACAUCACGUAUUAGUAUGAAAAGACUGGGAUUGCCAGAUGAGGUUGGCAGUGUAGCUGCUUUUUUAGUAAGUAGCGAUGCUUCUUAUAUUACUGGUGAAACCAUAGUGGUAUCUGGUGGUAUGCAAUCAAGACUCUAAGUUUACUUUAUAACUAUUUUAUAUAUACUUUAUAUAUAUAUUUUUUAGCUUUAUACAAUAAUGUUAAGAACAAAUUUUUAUUCUUAAAUAUUUUUUAUGUUUAUACAUAUAAGAUGUGGUGCUUGAGUUUUAUUUUAUA